AUGUGUACAACCUUUAGCCGUAGCGGCCAGGCGGGUGUCAACCAGCUGGGAGGUGUUUUUGUCAACGGCCGGCCCCUCCCUGACAUGGUACGAAAGAGGAUCGUCGAGCUGGCCAUACUUGGUGUGCGACCCUGUGACAUCAGUCGACAGCUACUUGUCUCUCAUGGCUGCGUCUCCAAGAUCUUAACCAGGUUCUACGAGACCGGGUCUAUUAGACCUGGUUCUAUCGGCGGGAGUAAGACGAAGCAAGUGGCAACACCGACCGUCGUGAAAAAGAUACUGCGUCUCAAGCAAGAAAACCCUGGUAUGUUUGCGUGGGAAAUUCGCGAAAGACUUCUCAGCGCGAGAGUGUGCGAGCCGCAUUCCAUACCAUCGGUGUCUUCUGUUAAUCGGAUUUUGAGGAACAGUGGCCUGGCUUGGAGUGAUGAUGAACCUAGGAACCCUCAUGAAACCUACGCACAACCAGAAAUAACACAAAACAUGAUGGACUACAUGAAGAAUAUGCCCCAUACUCUACCGCAGCAAACACCUUACUUCCCUCACACCGCAGUAAGAGUUCCACCACCGCAAACUGAUUACGACAGGCGUCUAGCUACCACUUGGCUUCUGGCCAACCAGCAGGCGCAACUACUCAAGCCAUACCCUAUAUCCCCCUGGCAGAGAGUCAUGAUGCCCUACCCAGACACUAAAACCUUCUCCCCCUACUCUCUAAAUAUUCAAGAAAGGCCAGACGAAGUCAAAUCUGAAACGUCAGAACAAAUAUCAGUCGAAACCAGUGAUGAUAGCACUGAUAGGCCUGACACCGACGACCAAGAAUCAAAAGUUAAGGAGAAAAAGAAAAAUCCAUAUUCUAUCGAGGAGCUCCUGAAAAAACCAGAUAAAAUUGUCAAUACUAAUCCUAUAGGGUUCCAGAAUUUUCUUCGGCAACCGAGCGGCAGUUUUAUAGAGUGCGAGAAGACCUUAAGCAAUCGAAGCUCGCCGGCAAGUUAUUGCUCUGUGCAAAGUGGAGGUUCGAUUGAUUGCUCUGUGGAAUCGAGUUCCGAAAAGAACUAG